GUAGCUUUUUCCUGUGCUCCCGUUGUCAAUGCAAUAAGAUACCGUGAAAUGUACCUACAUGGCUGAAAUGUAACAGCAAUCAACACCAACCAUGGUGGAUAUCACACUGCUCUGAAAAAAGAUGGCCUUGACCUCAAGUCCAUUAUAGCAUGGAGAUAACAAUGACAGUGGAUUUUGUACGAUGGACGUCUCGUCCCUAAAUGCUGACAGGGCUGGGGAGGCCCUCAGCAGCUGCCAGAGUACCCUGGUAACCACGGCAACGUCUAUGGGCGAGCGGCAACCGCUAUCAUCAGUCGACAAACAGCUUCUGGUGUCAUCAUCGCAAUCGCCGCUGAAACCGAUUAUCGGCAACAUGGUCGUCUCGAAGAACGACGAAUCGGAUCAGAACUUUUACAACUAUUCCACCUCCUCUGUGCUAUCCGAGAAAAAGGGAUUAAAAAUUCUGGCAAAUUCGGUGAAGGAAAAGAGUGGUGCGGCAGUGACGAAUUGUGUUUCUCCUCCCGUGGUGGACAGAGAUGUGUGUGGGUUGUCCGACAAGGACGACGUUGUUGAUGACGAUGGUGAUGAUGAUCCCGUUAAAUGUGGUGAUUGUGAUAUGGAGUUCGCAACCUUGCAGCAAUACAUGGACCACCCAUGUUCUCAAUCCAAUUCGAGGACCGCAGGAUCGGCCGACGAAAGCGAGUUGAGCGAGGGUGAGAGUUUCGAUGGGAAGAUUGUGUACAACCCGGAUGGUUCGGCGUACAUCAUCGAGUGCGAUGGCUGUGACCUUGACGAUUUGGAUUCUAUGGACGUUCCUAAACAGGAAGGAGCGAUCAUUGUGGAUAAGAAAAUCAGUUCAACUGCUGUUCCGUCAUCAUUUCCACAAAUUAACAAUGCAUUUUUCCUCUCCCGAAAUCCACAGUCUUUUCUCAACAACUACUGUACAACGCCGAACUCGACAAAGACGUCGAAACACGGCCACGAUGCUCCCAUCAUGCACAGCUACCGCGUGUACGACCUGAGAUCAGGCAAAUCGACGUCAUCGAGCGUCGCAGAAAACCACAUAUCCCCAUCUACCUCGGCCCCUGUCGCCGCUCUCACGGUCCCAACCAAACCCAUUCUAAUGUGUUUCAUCUGCAAACUCUCCUUCGGGUUCUCAAAGUCCUUCGUUGCUCAUGCGAACACCGAACACACCAUGACGUUGAGCAAAGAGGAGAAGGCAGUGAUGUCUCAACGAAACGCUUCAGCAAUAAUCCAGUGUGUCGGCAAGGAGAAGCAGGCGCUCAUGUCUUUCCUCGAACCCGUGGCAAUCACUCCCGUUCCCAGGAGCACCUCCAGCCCGGAGUCGAAAAAAGUUUUUCCGUAUUACCAGGCAAAGACGUCGUCGACGUCUACGACGUUUCUCGGCAAGGAAUCUACCAGUGUUAGUUACGUGUACUCAAAACCAAAAAUCUCACUACCACCUGUCAUGGAGACGAUCAGUCAUACUUCCAAAAGUCUGACAAAGAACGAUCGAAUCGAUUUGGGAACCGGUUUAAUCGGUCACACUAGCAUUAAAGAGGAAGUGAAAAAUGGGGGAAACAUGGACGACGCCACUUCGGCCAGUGACGCCGAAUCGGACUGUUCACAGUCGAGUAAAAACGGCGGCAGUCUCGGUCUGCCGUCGCUGGUAUCUGCAUCAGGUUCGACGGCAGUGACGAACAGUUUCGCUUCCCAGGACUCGGAAUCUCUGUCACACUCGAAGAGCUUGGCGAUCACGUCAUCAUCAUCUAUGUUAAUGUCUCACCCUCUGUCUCUAGCCAGCACGCUGCCCUCGCCCAGUAUUCACAACCCCCCCAUGUACCCCGCGUUCCUCCGAGUGUGCGACGAGCAUCCUCAGGGCCGGGCCCACGGGGCUGAGUGCCCCAAGUGCGACAUGAUCCUCGGCUCGUCGCAGUCGCUGGGCGGCCACAUGACAAUGAUGCACUCGCGCAACUCGUGCAAGACGCUGAAGUGCCCCAAGUGCAACUGGCACUACAAGUACCAGGAGACGCUGGAGAUCCACAUGAAGGAGAAGCACCCGGAGAGCGACCAGCAGUGCAUCUACUGCAUCGCCAACCAGCCACACCCGCGGCUUGCGCGUGGCGAGACAUACUCGUGCGGCUACAAGCCAUACCGCUGCGAGGUGUGCAACUAUUCGACCACCACCAAGGGCAACCUCAGCAUCCACAUGCAGUCGGACAAGCACAUCAACAACAUGCAGGAGCUGGCCAACGGAGGCCAGGAGGUGAAGAUCACGCAGCAGGAGACCUACAACAACAGCAGCAGCAGCAGCAGCAUUGGUGGCGGCAGUGGGGGGAGUGGUGGUGCUGGUGCCGCGGUCCCCGAUGACGUGUACAAGAAGAUAAAGCCAAAGCAGACAUGGCGUUGCGACGUCUGCAACUACGAGACAGCCGUGGCGCGGAACCUGCGCAUCCACAUGACGAGCGAGAAGCACACGCACAACAUGAUGGUCCUGCAGCAGAACAUGAAGCACAUGCAGCGCGACAUGCACCUGCAGAUCAACCAGCUGAUGAUGCUCGGCCAGCAGGACCCUGUGCUGUUCGGCCUCCCCACGCAGAUGGCCGGGGCCAUGUUUCCCUACGACCAGCAGAUGCUAGCCUCGGGGAUGCCCGCUGGGUUCGAGGUCCCCGUCAACCUGACCACGGAGAAUGGGAUGUCCAGUUGUCCGGUGCCGCCAUCCUUGUCGUCCGGGGGGGAGUUUCCCGACUCGGUGCGGCUCUUCCACUGCUGCGUGUGCAACUCGUACCUGACAGACUCCCUGGAUGCGCUGCACCAGCACCUGCAGCACGACCGCACCAAGCAGCGGGAGAACGAGCACAUCGUCGUGGCCAGCGGCUCCUACCUGUGCAACCUGUGCACCUACAAGACCAACCUGAAGGCCAACUUCCAGCUGCACUGCAAGACGGACAAGCACCUGCAGCGAGUGCAGCUCGUGAACCACAUCAAGGAGGGCGGGGCCGCCAAUGAGUGGCGCCUCAAGUACCUCAACGUGAGCAACCCAGUGCAGGUGCGCUGCAAUGCCUGCGACUACUACACCAACAGUAUUCACAAGCUGCAGAUGCACACGGGCAGCCUGCAGCACGAGAGCAGCGCCCAGCUCUUCCUGCACCUGCAGCUGGAGGAGGCGCGACUCGGGGCCGCUGCCGGGGCCGACUCUGACGACGACAAGUAUUACCAGUGCACGCUGUGCCAGCACAGCAGCAAGACGAAGCUGGGGCUGAUCCAGCACGCACGGUCCGUGGGACACAUCCAGAAGGAGAACGUCUCCUCUCAGAAAAACGAGAUGGACAAACUGCCGCUGGAAAUCGGGACUGUCUUCGUCGUCAAGGGUCUCAAGGAUGGGGAGGUUGUCCACUUUGAAGAAGAUCGGGACAGGGAGACCCCGGAGAGUGCGGCCCUUCUCGAGACGCCGACAGACACAGCCGAGAAAAGUCUCCAGUCAGACCUCCAGCUAUCUAACAAAACUACAGCCUCAUCAUCAUCAUCAACAACAAACACAGCAAUCACUACUUCCAGCUCUAGCAACCACACCAUUAGUAAUGGCAGCAGCAGCAGCAGCACUACCAAAGGUCAGGCGUUCUCCUGUCUCCUCUGCAACUACAGCAGCAGCUCGGAGCAGCUGAUCGAGGAUCACGUGUCUGCGCAGCACGCGUUGCCGCUGGUGGUGAAGCGGUUGCCGUGCCCGCUAUGUCAGGAUGAGUAUGAGAAGAAGACGGAUCUCGAGCAGCACUUAGUCAAGUCUCACAAUGUGAAGCCAGAGGGGCUGCAGCGUAUUCUCAGCAUUCUCGACAUCACAGGCCCGGCCAGCACACACAACCACGUGUCGGGGGCAGGGGGUUCCGGGGAGCCGGGCUCCGAGGGUGUCGAGAUCGACGAAAACACCGAUAUCGAUCUAGAGCUGCUGGAGAUAGACCAUACCAAGAUGGUGGCAGAAGAUGGUUUUGACAUGUCGGUCCUGCUUGACAAGAGUGAGCUGGACACCCAGUACCGCUGUCAGACGUGUUCGAAGACGUUCACCAACAUCGACCAGCUGUACGCCCACCAGAACGAGCUGGGCCACCUCGAGCUGAAGCAGACUCCCCGCGGACCCGGCUACCUCUGCUGGAAGAAAGGCUGUAAUCAGUAUUUCAAAACUGCUCAAGCCCUGCAGAUCCACUUCCGCGAGAUUCACGCCAAGCGGCCCAGCAUCUCGUCAGCCGACUGCAGCCAGUACAGCCACCAGUGCAGCCAGUGCACGAUGGCCUUCGUGAGCGCGGACAAGCUGCAGAUGCAUAAUCAGUAUCACCUCAUCAACAGCGUGACGACCUGCAGCAUCUGUACCCAGUCGUUCCACUCCGUCGGGAUGCUGAGGAAACACUACGAGUCGGCUCAUCCCGAAGUGCAGGCCAGCGAGCUGGCUAAACACAAGAUGAACUUAAGUGCUAAUGUCGCCGCUCUCAUCGGAAGCUCGGAAUAUAGAAAGUUUCUCAUCACAUACACCAAAUCAAGUGCUACCAAAUCAAGUGCUUCUGCAGCCAGUUCUGCCCUGAAUAGGUCUGCGUCGGUGGAACUGUUUGGGUCCGCGGAUCAGGAGAUGCAGGAUUCGUCGAUGAUGAACGAGGAUGACAAUGAUCUGGACACAUCGUGUAGCGACUCUCCAGAGGACCACGUGGAGGACACGGGUGAGGAACGGGAGGGCGAGGGGGACAGGUCUGACCAGCCCAGUGUGUAUCGCGAGGAGCAGUUCAUGGAGGACUUCAUCAACAGUCAGGCGAUGGCCGAGGGCAGCUACGAGGAUCCCAGCCGCAAGUUCAAAUGUCACCGAUGCAAGGCAGCGUUCACAAAGCAGAACUACCUGACGGCGCACAACAAGACCCUGCAGCAUCGCCGUGGCGACAAGAUCAGCUACCCGAUGGAGCGAUACCUCGACCCCAAUCGUCCGUUCAAGUGCGAUGUCUGCAAGGAGUCGUUCACACAGAAGAACAUCCUCUUGGUCCACUACAACUCGGUGUCCCAUCUGCACAAGCUGAAGCAGGCCGCCCAGCAAGGAACACUUCCACCUACCAUCUCGGUCGGGCCUCCCACAACCUGUUCUUCACUACAGCUGCCCGUCAGCUGCUCGGAGUCCGAACAGAAACCGUACCGGUGCAAUAUCUGCAAGGUUGCAUACAGCCAGGGCAGCACGCUGGACAUACACAUCCGAUCGGUGGCACACCAGACACGAGCUUCCAAAAUCCACGAGUUGGCCAUGACGGGCCAGAUCGACAUCAGCCAGAUGCUGAUUGAGCAGCCUGACAUAUCGAAGGCCUCCACGCAGCAGGUGCAGGCGCUGACCGACAUGAUCUCACAGACUCAGGCGCAGGUGACCGUCGGUAGUCCUCUGCAGCACGGCUCACUGCUUCUCGGUGGGAUUCCCGGAUACUCCAUGUUAUCGGGUCUGCAGCUUCCGGUGGCAACAUCAAACAGCUUGAUGUCACCUUCAAGUAGCAGUGCUAUUUCUGUUAUCUCAGAAACUGAUACCAGUAAAUCUCAUAAGACAUCUCAUAAGAAAAAUGAGGAACAUAAUUCACAUUCUAGAAGUACGGCAGAAGGAUGUUCUGAAAAUAACGGUUUCCAUUUUCCAGUUUCGAAGAAGGAACCACAAGAAGACUUGAAUGAAUCUGUAGCUAGGUAUAGUGAGAAAAACAAAUUAUCUGAAUCACAGUUGUUUAAUAUAUCAAAAUCCUUAAACAGUCAUCAUUCAGAAUCACCCAUAGAGAAACAGCUGUCAAACCAGCACCUGCCCCAUCGCUGCGGCAACUGUAAUUCCUUUUUCAUCAAUGAAGAAGCACUCCAGAUCCAUCAGCAAAUAUACUGUAACUUUCCACCCAUCACAACAAGUACUGCUAGCAAACCCCGAUACAUCUGCCGCUUCAAACCCCAGCUUCACCGAAGCCUGUUACAAAACAUAGGCUUUGAGUGUGUGAUGCAGUUCAACGAAUACAAUCAGCACAUUGAGGUAAAGAAGGACAAUACCGAGAAGGAGGAAGGCGAUGAUGCCGCCGUCAGUGUGGAAGUCAAGGUGGAGCCGAAAGAUGAUGAGAAAGACAAAAUAGAUCUUCCAGAGAUCAACAAGAGCACGUGUCUCUCCUGCAACAAAGACUUCUCCAGUGUCUGGGUCCUCAAGGCUCACCAGGAGGAGGUCCAUAAGGAUCUGGUUCCCAUCGACGCAGUGGAGGGAUUCAGUGAAAAGUUCCGAGAGGACUUCGACAAGAAACUCCCACUCGAUGAAUCCCAGACACCAACUUCAUCGGGAGUGGCAUCAAUGCCUUAUUCCAAUUCCACCAGCUCUGACAGUCUCGUCAUCCAAGAGAUGCCACCACCUCCACCUCCACCACCACCACCAAUGCAGGCAGCCUUUGACAUGUCUCAACUGAUGCCAAUGUUUGGAAUGAUGCCCAUGCACAUGCCGAUGAAUCUGAUGGGACUUGCAAUGCAGUCUCCUCUGGUGUCGAUGAUGAUGCCUAAAGGAGCGGAUAUGCAAAGUCUGUUACCACCAGUAUCUGUGAUGGAAUCUAAUUUCACUGCAACCCAGCAGCAGCUGCAAGCAGCUCAGAACCAGAAACGUGUCCGGACUCGGAUUAGUGAUGAUCAGCUUAAAAUACUACGAGGUUACUUUGACAUAAACAACUCUCCAAGUGAAGAGCAGAUACAGCAGAUGUCGGAGCAGUCUGGUCUUCCACCUAAAGUAAUUAAGCACUGGUUCCGAAAUACCCUGUUUAAAGAGAGGCAGCGUAACAAGGACUCCCCAUACAACUUCAACAACCCACCAUCGACAUCACUCGACCUCGAGGAAUACGAAAAGACGGGCAUAAUACCAGCUCUGUCUCCAGUGGUGGUGAAACAGGAACCCAAGGAUGAUUUUGAAGAUGAUGACGAUGAUGAUGAUAAUGAUGUUCCCAGCACGAAGAACGAUAAGGGGAAUGAAUCGGAGCCCGAGCGAGAACGUGAACAGGAACAGGAGAAAAUGGAGUCGCUCGUUAAACUAGAGACCUUCAAAGUGGAGCCUCCUGAUGACAAAAGAGAGUUUGAGACUUCGUCUAAUGCUUCCACUCCUUCCAUAACGUCUUCCAUCACCUCCACCCCCACCUGCUCCCUCCCCAACACGCCCACAACAGAAGAUCUCCUCAGACACGAGUUCUCCUCUGGGUCUAUGAGCAAACGUGCCAAUCGUACCAGGUUUACCGACUACCAGAUUAAGAUGCUGCAGGACUACUUCGAUCAAAAUGCCUACCCCAAAGAUGACGAGCUGGACCACCUAUCCAAAAUGUUAAACCUCAGCCCAAGGGUGAUCGUCGUCUGGUUCCAGAAUGCCAGGCAGAAGGUGCGUAAGGUCUACGAAAACCAGCCAGCGGCCGAGACGAAAGAUGACACGUCAUCCUACCAACGAACUCCCGGUCUCAACUACCAGUGCAAGAAGUGCCAAGCCGUGUUCCAGCGCUACUAUGAGCUGAUCAAGCAUCAGAAGCGACCGUGUCUGCCAGAGAACAACAACACCACCACUCAGUCCCUGAUGAGCAACAAGACGGACGACGACAGCAACUCCACCAGCAUGUCACAAGAUGAUCUCAGCCAGUCGGGCAGCUUCACAGACUUCCAGAUGAGUGAUGCCAAAGGGUCGUCGCCAAACAGCGCCAAACACAUUCCAACAUUCAACUGUGACAAGUGUGAAGCCUCGUACAACAGGCUGGAUCUCUGGCAGGAGCAUCAGAAGGUGCACAGUCUGAAUCCAAGUCUGUUUCCAUCGUUCUCCUCCAGCAGUGCGUUUGGGAUGCUGCAGACACUGGCACAGCAGGAGGACAGCAAGAUAGCGGCAGCAGCAGCCAAGAGGAAGAUAGACAGCGAGGAUGAUCAGGAUGACCAGCCUAGAGACAAGCGGCUGCGAACCACGAUCCUCCCCGAACAACUGGACUACCUGUACCAGAAGUAUCAGCAAGACUGCAAUCCUAGCAGAAAGCAGCUGGAGUCCAUUUCUUCCGAUGUUGGACUUAAGAAGAGAGUUGUCCAGGUCUGGUUCCAAAACACCAGAGCACGAGAAAGGAAAGGACAGUAUCGCGCCCACCAGCAGCUUAUCCACAAGAGGUGUCCAUUUUGUCGAGCUCUGUUCAGGGCCAAGUCCGCCAUGGAAUCUCAUCUUGCUACAAAGCAUCCGGACGAAAUGGCUAAAAACGAGAUCAAUGUUGAUGCCAUUCCCGAUGCUGUCAUGGAUGGAUCGAAUCCAACCAGUCCCCAGCCUCACUCGGCCACACCUUCAGGCUCUGGGCAUCCCGGAGACUUCAGCAAGCUCCUGUCGCCCAGCAUUCAGCAGUAUUUACCAUUUCUACCCUCACCAUCGAACCUCGGUUUAAGUUUUUCACCCGACCCGCUUCAGCUGUCGAUGAAGCAGAUCUACGAAGAUUCCUUCAAGAAGUACAUCACCGAGCUGAGCGGCACCGCUCCACCUCCGGCUGUCGUACCCGUUCCCCCGCAGUCCCGACACAACUCAGAGAGCAGCAGACGCACGGAGACCGAGAGCGUUGUGGAAGAGGAGGCUCCUCUGGAUCUGAGCAAGCCCGUCAAGGUGAGCACGGACGUGGACAAAUCCUCCGACGGUCCUUCCACAGACCUCAGCGAACGGAGCGGUGACGACCUCCUCCACAACAGACGCGUCAGCGUGGACGACUCCUUCUCGGAAACGCAGUCAGAGAACCUGGACAUGGACGAAUGCGACGACAGCAUGAGCAGCCCCACAUCCCCCACGAAUAUGAGCCAGGGCCAUGGUCAUGGCCACCACCAGAACAAGCGGUACCGGACGCAGAUGACGAGCAAGCAGGUGAAGAUUAUGAAGCUGCUGUUCGUUGACUACAAGACGCCCACGAUGGUGGAGUGCGAGAUGCUGGGCAGCGAGAUCGGGCUACAGAAGCGUGUCGUGCAGGUCUGGUUCCAGAACGCAAGAGCCAAGGAGAAGAAGUCAAAGCUGGUGUACACUAAGACGUUCGGCACAGACGUCGACUUCAACAAGCCACCCGAGGAGUGCACGUUCUGCAGCUUCAAGUACUCGCACAAGUUCACGGUGCAGGACCACAUCUUCACGAAGAAGCACAUCAGCAACGUGAAGGCCUUCAUCCAGUCGCAGGCCGAGGCGGAGCGUGAGAUGUCCGACCCAACAGGGAUGUCGACCCUGCUCAGACAACAGCGUGAUCUCGAACACUCCAGGAAGACGUGGCCGGACCUGACAUCGUCAUCAUCGGCGACACCUCACCUGUCACAGCUGCAGGCCCUUGGCAUGAACGCCAUGGGAGUUGCAGAUACUGUAGGAAUUGGCCGUUCCCUGAAUCUCGGCACAGGUCACGCGGGUUCAGACACGAGUACUCCCAAAAGGACCCACGAUACACGUAAAGAGGAAACAGAAAGUAGGAAAAAAGAAGCAAAAGUUGAAGCAUCCAGCAGCUCGAAGCAGCAUGAGCAGGCCCAGGCCAUGGUGUCUGCGGAGAUGGCCAUGAAUGCCCAGAUGAUGGCUCUGGGGGGAUACCUGCCUGGCAUGGACCCCUCCUUCCUCCAGUACAUGUACCCCGGGCUGCCGGGAUACUUCCCCGGGAUGGGGCUGCCCAUGAUGCAGCCAGGACUCUUCCCAGGUAUUGGUGCUGAACACAUGAUGGCGUAUGACCCUCUGUCGUUCGGGACUCCUCUCCCGCUGCUACAGAUCCCUCAGCAGGCCAUCAAGCUGGUGAGCGAGCAACUGGAGGACCCACGGUCCUCCCUCGCCCAGUACACACAGGACUGCAAGUCCCUGUCUGACCUGAAAGCGCUGGUGAGCACCCUGGACUACAGCUGCGCCCACGAGACGAUGGUGGACGUGGGCUACAUCUGUAAGAAGUGUCAGACCGUCUACCCGGCCAAGGAGGCAUGUGUGAACCACCAGCGAAUGGUGUGCUUCCCCGGCGGCAAGAUCCACGACAAUGUCAAGGCCAUGCUUAAGCUGGAGCAGAUCCAGUACGGCUGCCGCGCGUGUUCCGACAAAUUCUCCACGCUGUACGAGUUCAAAAUCCACUGCCAGAUGGACGCGCACAAGAUGAAGGUCGGAAAGGUUCAGCACGGCAGCGGCGGCACCAAGUCGCGUUCGGAACAUAACUCUGGUGCUGCAGGGUUGUUGUUGGCGUCAUCGGCGGCAACCGUGACCAAUUCUUCUUCUUGUUCUCCGUCUAGGAAGCCAAGUUCGUCGUUGGAUGUGUCAAAUAAACACGGGCAUGGCGCCCAUUCUAAACCAAAGACAGAGUGACAUGUUGUCAAUUCAGUGUUCGUGUUUCAUGUUUUUACUGUGGAUUUUUUAUUAUGAUUUUUUUUUUUUUUACGUUGCUGACUAGUAGAGAGUGAUAUAUUAUAUAUAAAUAUAUAUAUAUAUAUAUAUAUAGAGACAAAAUACACACAGUAUUGGACCACAGAGUUCGACUACUUUUAAUGUGGUUUGAAAAAAAAUGCUUAUGCAUAGAGUGAGAGCUGUUUUUUCAAACAAAAACUAUUCCAUGCUAUAGGAUAUAUGGUACUCAGUAUACAUAUCUUGGGGCCUAUUAAGGGCAAUUCAUGUAUUUCUUCCAUAUUUUUUCGGUUUCCCGCAUAUUUUUUAUCAUGUUCAUAAGGCUAUAGGAUGGGCCAUAUUAAAUAUGGCCUUACCAUUGAAAUGUAAGGCAUCAGAACCACAUUUAUAUGUAGUGACUAGUUUUUAAAGGUGUAGUCAGCCUCCUAGAGGCAUAUCAUAGUUUUAAUGUGAACACAAUGGUUUAGUGAUAUUGUACAAACUUGAGUUUAGAAAUUGUGUAUUUUCAGUUGUAUGCAGACAAUAUUGUUAUUGGACUAAAACAAAACAAAUGUAUUGCCAUAUUGUUUGGCACCUUAGUGUUCCUUCCAGCGUGCCAUGGAUUUAUAUGUUAACUGUGUGUGGUGUGGACCAAGUUCAAGGUCAUAUCUUAACCUCUGACACUAGGUCAAGGUCGAGUUUAUUUUUUUGAUGUCAAAAAGAAGAGGAAGAGGUUAUGUGUGUGUUCCUGCUGGCCUGAGCUAAGUGGAUCAAUGGAUUUUUUUAAACUUACAGGAAAUUUGAUGUCAUGUUUCAGUAGGCUAUGUGUGUGUGUGUGUGUGUGUGUGUGUGUGUGUGUGGUGUGUGUGUGUGUGUGUGUGUGUGAGUGUGAGAGUAUGUGAUAUGUGUGGUCUGAUUCAUACACUCUUGUGUGUGUUAUAUGUUAUUAUACGUUUUGUAUUAGUUACAAAUACGGAAGCAUGUGUCUCUUAGUUGGCAUCGUCAUGACAGUGGAUAUCGUUGUGGGUGUUGUUCAGAUGUCUUCCCUCCCUCUGUGUGAUGAUCACUUUUAUUUACUUCAGUACACAUUAACAGACUCCUUUUCAGAAAACGUCUUUUACACUUUAAGACUGCUUAUAAGUGGCAGUCUACGGUAAUACUUUUAUAUAGACUUUAAAACUGCUUUUACAUGGCAAUAUACGGUACUAGAAAGAUUGCAGGUUGUCUCAUUCGUAAGGUUGUUGUUUUUCAAUCCAUAUUUUGUGUUCAGUUCAUAAUCCUUAUCACUUGAUCAAGACUUGAUAAAUUGAAUAUUUAAUAUCCAGUUAUCUGUACUCUUCCCUGGGAGUGUCUUGGAUGUAAUUGUCAAGGAGAUGUGUAAAUAAAAUAGGUUUAAAAGAGAGAUAUAUAUAUAUAUAUAUAUAUAUAUAUAUAUAUAAAUUUAACACGACUGUUUAUAAAAGAUGGUAAAGAGGUCUUCACAAUCAUGGUUUAUGAAUUAAGAUGAGACAUUUUAGCAUGCUUAUUUAGGAAAAACUGGUGUGAGACUUUAUAAUCCUUAUUAACUGAAUUGACCAGACAUGCUUUAACAUGCUGGUUCAGGGCACACAUUGUUAUGAGACUUAUAAUCCUUGUUAAUUGAAUUGACAGGACAUAUUUUAACAUGCAUGUUUGGGGCAGAAUUAAUAAGCCAUUACAAUCCUUGUUCAUUGGAUCAAGGAAAAAUUAGACUAUUUUUUGCAUUCUUGUUUGGGAUAGUCAAAAACAUCCUCUUCCAUACAUUUUCUAACCUUAGUCUUUGGUCCAGGUCUGUUUUCAAGGAGAAUCGGGCAACCUAGUCGAUUUAGGUGAGGACUGAAUAUUUUAUUCAAGGCAUUAUACUCGUAUAAAUAUAUCUUGUGGAUGAAACUACAGAGUCUGAAUUCAGCUGUAUUUGUAUGAAACUAAUCUAGAUUUCAAGUUUCAGCUAGACUCAUUUUUCUUCUUUUUUCUUCUUGUUUUUGUAAUUAAUACUUUAAACUUUUAAUCUGGUUUAAUCAAGUGCUUUUGCAGGCACCAGAAGUUAUUUUCAGGCUCUGAACUAGCAAUAAGUUGAUUAUACUUCAAAAAUUGCAGAACCUCAGAUAUUUUCUAUCACUACAUGAAAUUAUUUCACCCAAUUUUAAAACAAAAAUUGUUAGUUGCUUUUUAAACAUUUGCAUUUGACAAAUUUGUUGAGUGCCAGAGGUAUCCCUGACUGAGUUGAAUGUCAGUUUUUAUUAACACAAGGACCGGAACCGGUCUACAGAAAGAGUACUGCCAUGAUAAACUACCCAUGAUCCUUUGUCUGUCUGAUGGCGUUACGUUUUGGUGUGAUAUGUUCGGUGUGUGAAAUUUGUUAAAGAUGUCUUUGCUGUUGAUUGUUUGUCUUCUUCUUUUUGUUCUCUCUUUCUCUCUUCUUUCUUUCAGGCCUGAUGCUUACAAAACUUUUAGAGUCUAGACCCAAGACUCUAAUAUAUUAGUCCGAGACAUAAACAUCAUAGCAACGCCAUACAAAUUGUAGGAGUGUCACAUCAUUAGAGAUUGAGUCUGGACUGUAGUUUUAUAAGCACGGGCCCAGGCUGAUGCUUACAAAACUUUUAGAGUCUAAACUCGAGAAUAAUAGAGUCUGAGACACUAACGUCAUGACAGCGCCAUACAAGUUGUAUGAGUGUCACGUCAUUAGAGAUCGAGUCUGGACUCUUAAAAAAAGGUUUUAUAAGCAUGGGGCCUGAUAUAUGUUACAUGGAAGUUAAAAGUAGAAUGGUGAUAGUAUUGCUUCAUCCACAAGCAAUGUGAUGAGGUUUUUGUUGUGUUUUGUUUUGUUUGUUCUGUCUGUUGAAGAUGGAUGCCUCGUCAUGGUGAAAGUGAAAGUGGCUUGUUGUGUAGUCUCCAGAUUAAUUUACUUACAAACAGGGUCGCCAUCCUCAAGUUCAUCCCAGGGUUCUUAAUUCACUUCCUUCAGUUGUCGCUCUCUGAUGACCUCGCCAUCAUUUUCACAGAUUUGUUAUUUUUUAUGUCAAUCUCUUACAUGAUUCGUUUCUCUGUGUGUUCAUUUUUAUUUUUUAGCUGCUUUGAUUUCAAAAAAUAUUUAACAAUACUUUGUUGACCAUUUAACAUGAAAUUUAUUUUUGAAUUUUCUUUUUUAUUAAUGUAUUGAAACAUGCAGAUAAGUUUUUAACAAGGUGUAGAUGGUUUUUUUUCUUUUAACCCCGUAGUGCUUCACAAAUAUUAGCUAUUGUAGCUUUAGCAUAUCAUUAGCAUUGAAGGGGUUAAUAUAUUUUCUUAACAAAUGAAGGGAAUAAUCUGUUGUUGUAGUGUGAAAAUUUUUGUUGCUUUUUUAUGAAUAUUUGGAAAGACAUUUACAUAUGAACUUUGUUACUUGAAUUCUGUAGCAUUUAAAACAAGGUUUUAUUCGAUUAGCUGAGGGUUGUGUUAUAUUUGUACGUUUUAUCUGAAGCAACCGAGCAGCUUUAACUAAUAGGGCCUGAUGUUGGUGCAUGAUUAAUAAAAAUAAAUCUUGUUAAGAAAAGAAACAGACAUUACAGCGUUGUUGGUGCUUUGAUUUCAAUUCUUAAGAUCUCUUUGUUUUUACUGACGUUAAGUACAAUGAACUGUACCAUAAUUACAAUUAUGUAAAUGGUUCACUGCAAUCUUAAAUUUACUGGGUUUUUUAUUGAAAUGGAGUUAUUUGUUCUUAGUUUUUCUUCUUCUGUUAUUUGUUUUUCAUAGAUGAAGUGAAGCACUAAUGCUGACUGAUUGUCAAAGACAUAUUAGCAUUUUAUCAAACAUAGCAUAGUACUUGAUGAUUAUGAUUAUGAUUAUUUUUCUAGCGUAUACAUGUGGCUAAAGCAUUUAUCAUUUAGUAUGGUCUGUACAUAGAAAAGAGUAGAUAACUCUUGGUUCUUAGAGAUCUCAGUUUGAGUUUCUACGAAGGUACGUAUAUCGAAAUCCUUUAUUAUCUGUAGAAGAAUUUUUAAAUUUUUGUUUUUGCCGAGGUUGGAUCUAUAACUGUUUUUGUAGACAUGUUUUCUAUAUACUGUAUAUUUGUUCAUUCUUUAUUAUUUUUUGAGAAGUGCUUCAUGGGGUUUUUACAUUCAACCCACUCUAAGGUGUCGGCUUUCUGGUAAUCUCCAUGGCAACAGAGAAAUAUUUGUGUAGAUAGAUUUGGGUUUUUUGUGUGUACAUAUCUAUAUAUAUUUGAACACUCAGUAUUUAAGUGUUUUACUAUUAGCAAAUAAUGAAAUUGAAGAGAAAUUUUAUAUGUACUGUUCGCAGCAAUAUUGUAUAUCAAAGUGAAUAUACGGUACCUUUAAUUGUAUAUUUUACAUAUUUCAACAAACAACUCUUCCAAUGAAUUUCAACUUUCUGUGAUUGAAAAUUUAUAUUUAGUGGGUUUUUUUACACUUAGGUUUUUGUGUGCAAAGAUGUUCUCAUUUACUCUAUGUAUUUUCUAAACAGCAUAAAGUUUUUGUUAGCUAGCUAUUUUCUUCUUUUUUAUAUAAGAGCCAGGAGAAAUAUUUGCCACUAAGACGAUUAACAGGAAGCCUGACCGAGGAUGCUGGGAUUGGGUUAGAUAUAGUUGUUGUUAUAGAGUACCUUAGUUGGCAUUAAUCUACCAUAUGUUAUUCAUUUUUAAUGGACCAGUAGUGAAAUGAUAUUCUAAUGUUGUUGAUACUGCAGAGUUUACAAAAGCCUGGUACGUGUAUUGGAAGUUGUUUCACUUUUUAAACAAUUUCCACAGUUUCCAAAACGUAAACCUGGCUUAAAAACCGCAUAACUUACAUUACUUGAAUUUUGUUUAAAAUUUUUUAGAGCUAUAUGAAGUAUACAUUUUGGGACUCUUUUUUUUUCUCUCUUUUUUUCUUCUCUUUUUUUAAGUUUUGUAAUAUCUGUCUUGAAUUCUGCUGUUUAAUUUGACAUAAAAUACAUCAUAACUCAUCCUUUGCUCUCCUCGUUCAGUUGCAUUUCUGGAUCUGGAAUCAUUUGGGAUAAGCUCUGAAAGUGAGAAAAAUGAUCUGAAACUGAGAAAAAUGAUCUGCCUUCUUCCAGUCUUUGCAUUUCAAAAUUAAUCGAUGGCUGGAUGUAGCCCAGUGGGAAAACGUUCACUUGAUGCGUGGUCGGUCUGGGAUCGAUCCGCGUCGGUGGGCCUAUUGGGCUAUUUCUCGCUCUAGCCAGUGCACCAUGACUGGUAUAUCAAAG